GUGUAGUGUGUUCAAAUGCAACUGUAACCGUAACGUGCUACAAUAAACUGUUCAACGGAGCUGUUAGACGACCAAAAGCCAAAAUGACUGACAGGAAGGCAGUGAUAAAGAAUGCAGACAUGUCUGAAGAGAUGCAGCAGGAUGCUGUGGACUGUGCCAUGCAGGCUAUGGAUAAGUACAACACUGAGAAGGAUAUCGCCGCCUUUGUCAAAAAGGAGUUUGACAAGAAGUACAACCCCACAUGGCACUGCAUAGUCGGGAGGAACUUUGGCAGCUAUGUGACACAUGAGACGAAGUAUUUCAUCUACUUCUACCUGGGCCAAGUGGCCAUUCUACUCUUCAAGUCGGGCUGAAAUCCAAACAUGCCCUCCCAAAACUACUUUAAAUUCAGCCUACAAUAUUUCUGUGCCAUGCUGUACAUUGGCUACCACCUUUAUGCAGACAUGCCUACCUCCUGGUUUCCAGCUUGCAUCAGUCUGUUAUAGUUUGCCACCUACAACACUACAACCAUCGCUGAAUGGCGCUUUAGUCAUGCCUGGACUGGUGAUGUGCCAUUUGUAGAAAAUGCCAAUUUCAAACUACUCUCCAUUCCAGCACUCAGUCAGCAUUUUCACAUCUGACAGACUCACCAUGAUGCAUAGUUUCUGCGUAUUGUUUUUGCUGUGCGUUGAUGCACAGGCCUUGUACAUUGUUUCAUAUCA